CUAUUUCGUCAAUCGAAUCGAACAAAAUAAAAGGCCCGACCGAAAAAUUUUCAUUUCAUUUUUCAGUUUUAUUUCCGUUGUCUUGUGUAGUUCGGUCGUAUCACUCGGUGCAAUCAAAUUAAUAAUUAAAUUGAUAGCAAUUCAGACUUGAAUGUGACAGCAAAUGGCUUAUACAAAAUUCUGAUACAUACACAAAAUAAACAUGAAUUUCAUACGAAAGUUAAGUUCGAUAUCCUCCAUGGGGAUUUACAGAAACUUCUCUGGGUCUUCGGUACAUAACGAUAAAUAUUCAUGCAAACUACUGGUUAUCGGUGGUGGCUCCGGCGGAUGCACUAUCGCCUCCAAGUUUGUGAGGAGGUUGAAGGCAAAAGACUCCGUUAUAGUACUAGAACCCAGCUUGGAUCACUACUACCAACCAUUGUGGACCUUAGUUGGAGCUGGGGUGACGAAAUUGUCGACUACCUGCCGUCCCGAGCAGCUCUGUCUCCCAGAAAAGGCCAAAUGGAUAAGGGAUAAAGCUGAGUGUAUAAACGCUGCGGAGAAUUGCGUCACUACUGUGGAGGGGCACGUAAUACAGUACGAGUACUUGGUGGUGGCGGUGGGUUUGGAGAAUGAUUACGACAAGGUUCCAGGUCUAUGCGAAGCCCUAGUGGACCCCGACAGCAGCGUGUCCACCAUAUACUCGUGGCAGUACGCGGAGAAGACCGCUUCCGACCUGAACAAGUUCAAAGGAGGAGACGCCAUCUUCACAUACCCGGACACCCCGAUUAAGUGUCCUGGGGCGCCGCAGAAGAUCGCUUAUCUGGCGGACUCUUAUUUUACUAAGUCCGGUGUCCGCUCUAAGGCAAAUAUGAUGUACAACACGUGCUUGCCGGUCAUAUUCGGCGUUAAAAAAUAUGCAGAUGCGUUGUUGAAAGUCGCGCAACGCAAACAAAUCCGCGUCAACUACAAGACUGUGCUGAAGGGAGUCACGCACGACAGAAGAGAGGCGGUGUUUGUCAACAAAGAUGAUAACGAGGAAAUGACGAUGAAAUACGACCUCCUCCACGUAACCCCUCCGAUGCGGACGCCGGAAUGCAUCCGUUGCAACGCUGACAUCGUCGACCAAUCGGGAUUCCUCACCGUUGACAAGUAUACGUUACAGCAUACCAAAUAUAAGAAUAUAUACGGCAUCGGUGAUUGCACUAACACGCCCAACAGCAAGACUGCAGCUGCUAUCGCAAAACAGUGCUACGUCCUAGAACUGAACUUGCUUAGCACGAUGAAGAAGAACAGUCCAAGGGAGAAGUACAACGGCUACGGAGCCUGCCCGCUGCUGACGUCAUUCAACACGUGCAUCCUGGCCGAGUUCCUGUACGACGGCGAGGUGCACGAGACGUUGCCUUUCAACCAGGCCAGAGAAAGCAUUAUAGCGUUCUACAUGAAGAAGGAGCUAUUCCCGUUCUUAUACUGGAACUUCAUGCUGAAAGGGUACUACCACGGCCCUGAGUUCGUCAGGCGAAUCGUUAACCCUUUGGCUAAAAACUGAUCCAGAUGGCGCCACUGUGUGCUUUUGUAUCCCUCUUCUAUUUAUAAGAGAAAUGUUUAUUUUUUUUAAAGAUUGUUAACUUUUUUUUUAAAGUGAAUGAACGACUGUGAUCUUUCAUGGUCUGAACGCGAUUUAAGGUGCUUACACACUUAGUCGACGGUAGGCGGCUUGAAGCGACGAAGUUGACAAAAAGUAGGUGUAUUCUUGCAUUAUUUUGUCCAUUCAUUAUUAUAUACACCAUAAUGAAUGAAUUGUUUGCUCGAGUACUGACAAGGAGCGGUAUGUAUUGCGAAGUCAUAAUCGAUGUAUUUGAUUCAUAUACAUAUUUUUUUUUAUUUCUAUAGCACAGACAUGUUAUUGGAGAUUUUUUCUUAUACAAUUUGUUAUACGAUCGAUGAACUGUGUAUGUUUUUAAAGUGUUUUAUGCGAGUGAAUGAAGUGAAAGGCUUUAUAUAUAUGAGUGAGGGUAAAACUGUAUUUUUUUAUAUAUUUUUUUUUUGUAUGUCAAUUUUUAUUUUACUUAUUUACACCUUUGACUGUGACUAAUAUACUCGUAACAUAGAAAAUUAUUUUAUGUCUUAUUUUAGAUAAGUUUUCAAUGUUUAUUGUUGUACAAUACAUUGUCACAAAUAUAUUUUACUAUAUAAAUUUGGAAAGUAGCGUCUAAUGACAAAUGUUUUUGAAAUAAAAUUGUUAUUAAUAAUAUUUUUAUGAAAAUAUAAAAGAAAACUGAAAGAGUGAUAAAACAACAAGGAGGUAAAGAUUUUUUUAUUUAUCUUAUUUAGUUGCAGCAACGCGAUGUUAUUUUUUAACGAGUUUAUCAUAAACAAAUAUGUUAAAAGACUGAUGCAAUAUCCCACGCGAUAUUUAAAUAAUUGCGCAGUCAUACUAUCGUUUGUAAAAUAGUAAUAAACACAAAGUAACAGAGCUUAUUACUUAUGUUAAUAUAUAAAAAUGUUCUCACAAUAUUUAAUAUCAGGAAACUAAAUAUUUCCUCAUUCAAUUCCAUCAUUUGCUGUACAGCGGAACAUGGAACACAUUUCAGUCAUUUCGAGAUUGUUGGCUCUUCUACCCCGUCAGAGAUGAGGACGUGGUUAUAUGCAUUAUGUGAAUAAAGAUAGAAUAUAAAUACACACACUAUUUCUUCUUAUGAAAUAACAUAAUAAGAUGAACGUUAAUAAUCACUAUAUAUUAUAAAGUCCACCUGUAUGAAAUGAUGGAAAGAGAGUUUUCUGAAGAAUGUUUAUAUUUAUAAAUGCUACCCGUCGAAGCCGGGGCGGGUUACUGGUAGAAAAUGAAAUAAAGGAACAUGUUUUAUGAAGUUAGUUAGACAAUAAAUUAGUUAACCAAAGAAAGCAUUUGCCUCCUUGUAGAUUUCCUUAUUUUAAAAGUUAAUGUUAUAAAAUUUUUGCGUCAUGAAAAUUUAGCGUUGAAAGUUUAGUUUGGAGAAAAUGACUUACAAUCAAUUUUUUGAUUUAUUUAUACACAUUUCAAAUGUUACAUUUGUAGGUCACUUUAUUGAUGUCACAUAUUUUGUUGCUAAUCAGUAUAUUGUUAACAUCUGAGAAUUUUGUUGAAGUUUUAUUUAAAGAUUUAUGUAUAUCUUGUACUGAUCAAUAUAUUCCUUGAAUGUUA